AUGAGGCGAAUAGUAGUCAGUGCAACUUCUUUACUAUGGAUGCUAUUCUCUACCUCAUCUCUAGCCUUUAUUUUCAUCAGUCUCUUCUUCUCAAGCGGGUGGCUACGACGAAUAGAAAAUCAGGACUCUCAGCUCUGGGAGACCAACUGUCUAACCACUCUUAAUCAACUUUCGCCUGAACCCAUUAUAUAUUCACCGCCGACAUUAGGACCAAUAUUCAGCUGUGAGACUGCCUGUCCCGGUCAUUCGCCUGCAAGAUCUAUUCUAUGGACUCUUGGGAAUAAUAAUGGAGCUCGUGUCCAUUGUCGUACGUCAUUAUGGGGUGGGGGCCAAAAGCCGGCAGGAUCGAAUGCAGCGUCUUGGGUCGGUAGUAUUUUCCUAAUGAUAGGUUCAGGCGUUCUUCUUCUUGCUCAGUGGUUCGUAUUUUUGUCGCCAUGUAAGAGGGAGGUAUGUGGACGCAGUAUCUUCCAAGUCACUGGACUUCUACAAUGCGUUUCUGGUACGUAUUUUGCUUUCGAUUUUCCGGACAUACUUCAUUUGAAACAAAUUGAAAGUGAAAUCUUUUGA